ACUGUUGCAGGGCGCGCCAACGCCGUGCAGAAGCACUUCGAGAGUGCCCUCGGCGCGGACGACUUCAUGCAGCGCGUGGAGAUGGCUCUGUACGCCUUUGGGUUCACCGGCGACAACUCCAUCGCCAUGGUGAACCUGUGUCGCGACGAGGUGACCCUGACCCUGAAGCACCGCAUUGAGGAGACCUUUGGCUCCGCCUUCUCCACCAACGGCCUGGGCGGCGUGCUGACCUGCGGCGUGACUGGCAUGGGCGCCGGCUUCAGCCACUCUCCUCUGUGCAGCAGCAACAAGGAGCGCUAUGUGUUCUUCUCGUUCCCGCACAUCAGCAUCAACGCCAGCGGCGAGGUGGGCCCCAUGUCCCGUCCCGGCCGCCCCGGCCAGUCCUGCGCCUGCGGUGCCCUGAUCAAGGCCACCAACGAGAUCAAGAGCGAGGGCCUGACCUGCAACUGCAAAAUCCCCGGCGUGCAUGAUGCUGUGGACCCAGAGAUGAGCAUUCUGAAGCAGCGCAUUGCCCGCCGCCUGAGGCACGAGGGCAACACCGACGAGUCUGUGAAGAACCUGUCCCUGGUCGACAUCACCAAGGUGGCUGAGCGCACCAUCUCCGACGAUCUGGAGUUCCUCAUCUCCAAGACUGUCAACACCGACAAGGCCGAUUACGCCGUCGUCACCGGCGUGCAGAUCCACAACUGGGCCAACGACUUUGAGGAUGCCUCCCCCAACAUGGAGUUUGUGGCACCCACCAGCGCCUACGUCGUGGUCGAUGGCGUGAAGACCCAUCUCGACCUGACCGCCAUGCCGGUGAGAAGC